UUUCUUCCCUCCGAACGUUGGACAGCAGACGUCUUGAAAAGCAGCCCCUCCCCCCGAGUGUCUCCUCUGCCGCGAGCCCAUCUCGACUUUCAACAAGACCCAUUUCUCGCCAGAGGCGCCAUUGGCUCUUCUAGGCUCUCUCGCGGACGUCUUUUUUCCCGGAACAAGUCCACUCAGGCACCCUGCGCAUCCCGUGGCAGCUUCAACCACCUCGUCUCCGCCACUCUGAGUCAAUGAGCCCGCCGCUUUCGGUGGACCGUCAGGAGAUGGGCCGGUCACUGUUGAGGAACAACAGUGCCCUCGGCUGGGUCGUGCAGAAGUUCGGCGGCACCAGCGUUGGCAAAUUUCCCGACAAGAUUGCCGAGGAUAUCGUCAGAUCUUAUGUCGAAAGCAACCGGGUCGUGGUCGUGUGCUCGGCCCGGAGCACCGGCAAGAAAGCGACGGGGACUACGAGCAGAUUAAUUGAGGUGUACAAGAAACUGCGCGCCAUAGGUGCCGCGGCCAGCAACUAUGACGUGAAGGAGCAGUUGUUGAACGAUGCCAAGCACAUCGUUCAAGAUAUCUGCAGUGACCAUGUCGCGGCUGCCGACAGCUUUAUCCGGGACCCGGAGCUUGGCGCACUCUUGAAGGCCGAUACCGAGAUGGAAUGCCAGUUGCUGGUUGAUUACUUGGGGGCUGCUAAGCGCUUCAACCUCGAGAUCAACUCCCGGGCGAAAGACAGAGUUGUCAGCUUUGGGGAAAAAUUGAGCUGCAGGUUCAUGACGUGUCUGCUCAAGGACAGGGGGGUGGAUGCUGAGUACGUUGACCUCGCCGACAUCAUACAUUAUGACAGCCCGGGCCGUCUUGAUGCGGCUUUCUACAAGCACGCCGCCAGCGUGAUCUGCAAGAAAAUUCUCGCUUGUGGCGACAGGGUACCAGUCGUCACAGGCUUUUUUGGCAAUGUCCCCGGCAGCCUACUGGACGGAGACAUCGGACGCGGGUACACGGACCUGUGCGCUUCGCUCGUGGCGGUUGGGCUGAAGGCGGCAGAGCUUCAGAUCUGGAAGGAAGUGGACGGCAUCUUCACGGCCGACCCGACAAAAGUGCCAACCGCGAGACUCAUCCCAUCCAUCACGCCGUCCGAAGCCGCCGAGUUGACGUUCUACGGCUCCGAAGUCAUCCACCACCUGACCAUGGAUCAGGUCAUCAAGGCGGUACCGCCGAUCCCGAUCCGCAUCAAGAACGUCAAGAACGCGCGCGGCGAGGGCACGAUUGUGAAACCGGAUCCUCUCUUGGCCGCGGACCAACUUAUCCAACGGUCCAGACAGCCAUCCGACCCGACGCUGCGGAGGAAGCCAAAGCGGCCCACGGCCGUCACGGUCAAGGAUAAGAUCUCCAUUAUCAACAUCCACUCCAACAAGCGGUCGAUAGCGCACAUGUUCCUGGCGCGGGUGUUUUCCAUCCUCAACCAGAAGCAGAUCUCGGUCGACCUCAUCUCCACCAGCGAGGUCCACGUGUCGAUAGCGGUCCACACCGCAAACUCCGAGUUCGGCAACUUCGACCAAGCGGUGGAGCAGCUGCGGGCCGAGUGCGGCGAGGUCAGCGUCCUGCAUGAUAUGAGCAUCCUCAGCCUCGUGGGCGCCGAGAUGAAGAACAUGGUGGGCAUUGCCGGCAAGAUGUUCUCGACGCUUGGAGAGUACCACAUCAAUAUCGAGAUGAUCUCUCAGGGUGCCAGCGAGAUUAACAUCUCGUGCGUUAUUGAUGCUCGCGACGCGGAGAGGGCUAUGAACAUCCUGCACACGAACCUCUUCACCUUCCUCGAGUAACUCCUUUUUCUUCCUUUUUUGCCACUUUUCCUGUCUUCUCGCGCUGGAAGACUCACAGCGUCACUGUGGAUACCCAGAGAGACCGUUUUGGUCCUCGCCUUCUCUUAAGCCGGUACAGGAUUCGCUUAGAUGCUUGGUGGGGCGAGCGGGCUCAGAUCAUUAGACAUUUGUUCUUGCAUCGUCGGCUGGAGGAGAUGCACACUUUAAACUGCAGUAGAUCUCACUGGUUUGGAAUCCUCGAGCAUUUCUGGACAACUCAAGACAGAUAUGUUUGACGUAUUGAAUACCGUGUUUUACGUAUUGAAUGAACGGGAGUUCAACGGGCCA